UAAUAAUAAUAAUAAUAAGAAACACUUUCCCAAAGGAGAAAGGACCCAUCAAAAUAUCUCAUUGCUCUUUUGGCUCCUUUUUGCAUCGUCAGCCAUUCUGCUCUUUAACCAAUACCCUUUUGCCUUAAAGGAAGAGAAGAAAAAUAAAAAAGAACAAAGCUCAUCAUCUAUUUAUUACCAGAUCAUUCCUCUUGCUCUUUCUUUUAUGUUAGCCUCUUUGUUUCUCAUGUCCUCUUCUUGUUUCUUGGUCUCCUUAGCAUCGUUCUCCCUGCACGAAUCUUUGCUUAGAUUUUGAUCUUCAACAUUCACUAUUACCCUCGAAUUUUUGUGUUAAUUGUUUCGAAUUCAUUCAAGAAUCAAGAUCUAGAAAUCACUUUUCCUUGUUCACACCAAGCAUUUACUGAUAACUUUUUCUCUUUCUUGAUAUUUCCAUAUUCAAAUCCGAAGCUGCAUUUUUUGUAUUCCCCACGUUUCCCCAAGAACAAGUUCCCAUCUUUGUAAAUAAUCCAAGAAGAGAAAAAAGAAACCUAAACCCACAUCGAAUCUUACCUUUUUUUCUCAGUUUCUAAUCAUGAAUCGUCUACAACGAGUGAAGGAAGAGUAUGCAGGAGCUAGCUCAUCUUACUCAGGCAUCACAUCAGCAGCUAUUCCUCAACCAAUGGAGGGGCUUCAGGAUGCUGGUCCUCCCCCUUUUCUCACAAAAACUUAUGACAUCGUAGAGGACACUGCCACAAACCAUAUAGUUUCUUGGAGUAGAGGCAACAAUAGCUUCGUUGUUUGGGAUCCACAGACCUUUACCAUGAGUCUUCUGCCCAGAUACUUCAAGCACAAUAAUUUCUCGAGCUUUGUUAGGCAGCUUAACACAUAUGGGUUUAGAAAAGUUGAUCCAGAUAGAUGGGAAUUUGCUAAUGAAGGGUUUCUCAGAGGGCAAAAACAUCUUCUCAAGAACAUAAGGAGGAGAAAAAAUCUACAUCCUCAGGUUUCUCAGCACUGCCUAGACCCUUGUGUUGAAGUCGGAAGGUUUGGACUAGAUGGAGAAGUUGAUCGAUUAAGGCGAGACAAAGAAGUUUUAAUGAUGGAACUUGUCAAGCUUAGGCAGCAACAACAGAAUACUAAAUGUUAUCUUAAAUUAAUGGAAUACAGACUCAAAAGGACGGAGACAAAACAGCAACAGAUGAUGGGUUUCUUGGCUAAAGCAAUGAGGAAUCCCAAUUUUAUGCAGCAACUAGUCCAACAAAGGGACAUGAGGAAGGAACUCGAAGAAGCAAUUAGUAAAAAGAGAAGGCUGCCUAUUGACCAAGGGCCAAGUAAUGUUCAAGUUGGAGAGUUCAGUCAUGGUGAAGUAUUGGAAACUUUUGUGAAGAUUGAACCACAGGAGCUCGGUGACCUUUCUGAGUUUGAAGUUUCAGAACUAGACGCACUGGCUAUGACCAUGCAAGGAGUGAGUGGAAGCCAACAAAACAUGGAGGAAGAAUGUUUAGAGAGACAUGAACCUGAAGAUAAAGACCUUGAUGAGGGGUUCUGGGAUGACUUAUUGAAUGAGGAUACUGUGGAAGAAAUGGACAUAUUAGGUGGUGAUGUUGAAGACAUAGAUGCGUUGGUGGAGCAGCUUGGUUACUUGGGUUCCAGUCCGAAGCAGACAAACUGAUGUCAUGCUGCUGCUUUUUCCUGUCUGCUUCAGUGCUUUCGAGUACGAUAGACUCUCACUUCAGCUAACUGUCUAUAUUUUUUCCUUUGUUUAUUUAAUUUUGACACCUUUCUGCCAAAAGUCAUGGAUUGUAUUGGUAAUUGAUAGGAGGCUAGCUGCCAAUAUACGUUUAAUUAAUACUGAAAGAAUUAACUAGUCCUCAGCAAUUAAAGCACAGGAUGUGUCCUUAGAAACUAGAUAAACAGCUUAAUUAUCAUUUUCUGGUAUCAUUGGCGUUGAUGUCAUUGAUUCAGGUUCAAUCAUACAUGCAACAAGAUAAACUCUUUUUGUUCUUAAAAUCAGAAAUCAUUCUUGAUCUUGGAAUAGCUUGUCGUUCAGCUUGUUCUUGACAUUCAAAUAUGCGAGCUCUUGAGCAGGAGGUGAUAUAUAUACUUUUGAGUGUUUCAUAUGCGUUAGUGGGCCCAAAGUGAUGAUUUUCUUUGCCAUGAUAUGUAUACAAAUGCUUUGAUUGGGACCAUCUUGCGUCUUGAAACCAAGCCUGCGCUGUCUGUCUCUGACCAUGUCGUUAAUACUGUUUCUUGGUGCUCUACAUGUUUCUAGAGCAAAUACCAAUAAUAAUUUCGCAUUUUUUUUUGGGUCAUGAAGUGGUGGGCCGGUGGUGGUGUUACCAAAAUGAUUAUUCUGAUCUUUAGAGCAUGUUGUAGAAACUUCAGAACAAUACUGUUGUAACUGUAAUUCUUUUUAUUCACUUGCUGCAAAAUAUUGCUUUCUUGAACUUUCUUCGAUUAAAAUAUAGUUUCUAUUUAUAGUAAUAUUUUGACUCCAACAUAUCCACUACUAGUAAGUUCCAAGACCAACUGCACAGUUUGUAUUAAUGUACAUGUGCAGCUCUUAAAGAAGAGUAUGGUAACACUUUUUUUCUCUUUUUAUGGGCACAAGGGUAGAAAGCUAUAUCCUGAGCUUGGAAAAUUUUCAUGAUGUGCACCAUCCGAAUUGAGUUGGAUCACAUUAAACAUUGCAUUUGCCUGCUUAAGAGAUAGGGUUGCACAUGCUAUGCAUGAAUUUAGUUGGCAUGUGUAAAGAACCAACAAGGUAUGGGGACAAGUUUAUUCCGUUUAAACUCAACUUUAGAUUUUACCACAGUAAAUAUAUAUAUAAGCAAGGAUUAUAGCUUGGGCUGGGAGGCCCAGAGAGGCCUUUGGAUUGGACUUGGCUAAGCCGAAAACAAGUUCCUCAAGCCUAGGCCGGCUUAUGGACCCAAAUGAAUUGAUGAAUAUGAGCUCUUAUACAGCAUGAAAUGGACAAGAGUAGCAUCUCUUUCAAAGGUAUGUUGAAUUUGUUUGAUCUCAAACUGUGGUCAAUGCUAAACCAGGCCAACUCCAUCACAUUUCAUUUCAGUGACUUUAGAGCAAUUUUUGGCUUUGUAAACGUUAAGUUUGGUGAGAUUCUUUUUCUAUUGAAUUCUCAGCUAUA